GCAGUCCAGCCUGGGCACCUCAUUUGCAGGGCGGGGUCUUCCCCUCCUCCAGGUGCGUGUCUGUGCCAAACCUGGACAGCAGGCACCAGUAAGAAGAGCCCACUGCUGACUCUCCUUCAUUCCUGUCAACUCCAAGUAUCCAACCUCCCAGAGAUGUCAGUGCUUCGUCGAGAUAGUCAUUUAAAAUGCUCUAAUUUACAUUACGCGCGAUGAAUGUCACGUGGGGUUUGCUGACGGUUUUGGGUCUGGUGUGUCACACUGAGUCGAGGUGCUCACCGACCUCUUACUACAAGAACUGCUGGAUCAGACGCUUCCCGGGAAUUUUCAUCGACAUCGAGGAGUCUCAGAGGAGAGGGGCUCAGCUGCUGAAGUCUUACCUGGAGGAGACUGCGCUCAAAUGCAGCCGCACCUGCUGCCUCACCAGAAACUUCUCCUGUAAUCUGGCCAUAUUUCAUUAUGAGACAUCUCAAGAAAACGUGAACUGUUUCCACCUGCACUGUCCAACACUGGAGAGCUGUAUCCUCAGCCAUAGAAGAAACGUGGUGCUCUACAACAUCACAAAGGGUGUGGAUCCUGACCUGUUGGUGUUUGGAAAGUACUUCACCUCAAAUGUUCGAGUGUUACCUCACCACUACAGCCGAGUCAACGCCUCAGAGCUGCUGUCCACAGACAAACGGUAUUUCAUCCAUCCACCUCCACCUGCUGCACAUCCGCUAACUUCCGCACCAACUGUUAAACCCACAGCCUCAGAAAAAACAGCACUCACCACUACCACGACCACCAAAACUACCAUCUCCACCCUCUCUACCUCCACCACAGCUCUGCAGAGAACCAGUCAGCCAACAACAGUUCCCUCAACUACAGGCGUCUUAUUUUCAACUCCCGAGACUCUGCUAGAUUCAGGGAGCCAUGUGCAAACAACAACCCCUACCAUCUCUGUUUCUUCUCCUGCCCCCAGCUUCACUACUCCAUCUUCAUCCACCAGAGCAUCUACACCCAGCCCACACAACCCCAAAACCACUCCUGCCUUUUCCACCACAACAUCACAGCCCUCCUCAACCCCCACCCAUCAUCACAAAACCACCUUCUCUCAGAUCCCCACCACAGUUGGUAUGGGAAGUAUAGAAAGCAGCAAGCAAAACCCGAAUGACACCAAGGGCAGCCUGGGGAGGAACCACACUGCAGGCGGUGAGGGAGGACAAGGUAUCAGUGGAGAGGACCCUUCAGAGGAUUUUGUUCCUGGUUGGCAUGUAGCCACUCACACCCUGCUGGUCGCUGUGGUCGUCUGUAUCACGGUGCUGCUGAGCUGCUGCUGCUCCUUUCUGCUGGUGGUGAGCUGGAGGGGUCAGAGGAAGAGGAUGGGGCGAUAUCGGACAUCGUGGAGAGGGAAACGAGGCUCCAUGCGUCUGAUAAAGUACGUGCUGGUCAGAGAGAACACCUGAGAGUCAAACACUAAAGUUGGCACAUUUCUUUUUUUUAUUUCUUCCCAAAGAUGGUUUCCAUGAUUUUGACAUCAAUUAGAGUUUGUGUACUUUGAAUUAAAAGCAAGGACUUUUCUUUAUACUGCUGUCUUUUAAGCAGAGAGGAAUGAAUCUGCUCUCAACAGCAUCAUCUGAAAGCGACUGACCACUUUUUGGCGCCUCUGUUGCAGCCAGCAGUUAAGAAGUAGAAUGAAGUUGGCGUUGAAGGACUGCACCUAAAAGCAGAUUGUUAGCUGCAAUUACUCUGAGGAACUUGUUCGUGGACUUUACUUAAAGUCCCAGGAUUACUUUACCAUGGAUUGUAUUCUGCUGCUUUUGCUCUCCACACUUCCUGUUUCUCUCUUGUAUAGGCAAAGCCUGAUGAAACAGCAGAGGAUGAAACAACAAUAAGAACACUCGCAAAGGGAGUGAGGUAUCUUAUAGCUUACUGUAGUUAAAGAAGCUGAAAUCGUAACUACUGUGAUUUUUCCUUUCACGUGUGACGCCAUGACUUUUUUUAAUUUUAGUUUUAUAUUUUAUUGAUUGGACAGCUGUAGAUAGACAGGAUGUGUGAGGAUUAGAGAGUGGGGGAAGACAUGCAGCAAAUGGUUGCGGCCGGGAAUCGAACCGGCGACUUCUGCAACAAGGACUAUUGCCUCUGUAUGUGGGGCACUUAGACCGUUAGGCCACCAGCUCCCCAGACGCCAUGACUUUUGACAGGAGCUGAACUAAGCCAGUACACAUUAUAAGGCAUUUUGCCUGAAGUUACAUGAUAUGAUUUCCAUUUGGCUUACCUUCAGUUUGAUGUAUUUCAAUGAGUCUAAACCAACCAUGAUUCCACAGCUCUAGGAUGUUUAUUGGUCUUAAGUGGAGCUUAAAGGCUGCUGUCACAGGGAGGGAAAAAAAAAGUGUUUCAGCUCAAGGGUUGUUCAGAUGGUCAACUACGUGUGAAGAUGGACCACUCUUUGCCUUUAGUGUUUAACCCUCAUCUCCUCCGUGCAUCAGAUUUCUCUUGAUCUGAAAAAGUAAAACUCUCUUAAGAGGGUGAAGUACUUUUCAACAACCUGCCGCUGAAAGCUUCCUUUCACUGAGGUGGCGACCCUCGACCUGACGGUGAUAAGAGCUGGAUGGGAACUGACUGAAUGAGGCUUUUAUUACAUAAAAGCUUUAACUAUCGUGUGUGCAAACUUCACAGAACUUUUCAACUCCAAAGAGGACACAUUAGACUUUUAUUUUUGUAUAAAGACAUGAUUAUACAGAUGAUGUGGCAGGAAAAAUAAAUACAUUAGAGAGACCCUAA